AUGUUCAAGACCUCGACUAGGCCAUGGGGUCGCUUAGCUCGCAGCUGCUUUCCACGGAAGAUACGACAAAUCUAUGCUGAGAGGCACCGGCUUUAUAGAAAAGAGCUAAAGAAAGUACAGAUGUCCCAACCUAAUAGGCUAAUAGAUCCUGAUGAGAACCAAGGAGGCGUAUAUGAACAAACUCUUCUCUGCUAUCGACGAAGGGUUAUGCCACAGAGAGAUAUCCUAGCCGAAUUGCUUCUAAGGAAAGUUGACCUGCGGCACCCUAACGGCCGGAGAGCUCUAGCAGUAUUAGAGUCUCUGCAAAGACAAUGGCCCUAG